AAAAAGAAUAGUAGGUAGGUAAUCAUCAAAAGUUUACUGUCAUUCGUUGAAUUCGGCAAGUUAUUAUCAUUAGAAAUAAUAAAAAUAUUGCUGAAAUUUACACAAUAACCUGAAAAAUCUUCAAUUUACACCUUAAUCAUGGCCCGGCGUUAUGAUACCCGUACUACAAUAUUUUCACCAGAAGGUCGUCUUUACCAAGUGGAAUAUGCUAUGGAAGCUAUAAGUCAUGCUGGCACAUCCCUUGGAAUCUUGGCUACUGAUGGGAUCCUUCUAGCAGCUGAACGUAGAAAUACGAAUAAGCUACUUGAUGAAGUGUUUUUCUCUGAGAAGAUCUACAAAUUAAAUGAUGACAUGGUCUGCUCAGUAGCUGGUAUCACGUCUGACGCUAAUGUUCUUACCAACGAACUCAGAUUGAUUGCUCAGAGGUACCUGCUGCAGUAUGGAGAAUCAAUUCCAUGUGAACAACUUGUAUCUUGGCUCUGUGAUGUAAAACAAGCUUACACUCAGUAUGGAGGAAAGCGUCCAUUUGGUGUAUCAAUUCUUUACAUGGGUUGGGACAAACACUAUGGAUACCAAUUGUACCAAUCUGAUCCCAGUGGUAACUAUGGAGGGUGGAAGGCAACUUGCAUUGGAAAUAACAGUGCUGCUGCUGUAUCAAGUCUGAAACAAGAGUACAAGGAGAAUGAAACAACACUAGCUGAAGCACAAGCUCUGGCCAUUAAAGUGCUGAGCAAGACAUUGGACAUGACUAAAUUAACCCCAGAAAAAGUUGAAAUGGCAACCCUGACUCGCAAGGACAACAAGACUAUAAUCCGCGUUCUAACAAGCCCUGAGGUUGAAAAACUCAUUGCUGCCUUUGAGAAGAGCGAAGCUGAGGCUGAAGCUGCCAAAAAGCAACCACCAAAGUCGUAAUUCUCAUUUUGUACUGUUUGCAUUAAGUAUUCUUUUAUUUGCAUAUUAAAUAUUUUACAUGGUAACACUG